AUGGGGCGCAAGGAAGAGGAUGGCAGUGGCUCCUGGAAGAAGCAGACCAGCAACAUCCGCAAAACCUUCAUCUUCAUGGAGGCCCUGGGAUCAGGAGCCUUCUCAGAAGUUUUCCUGGUGAAGCAGAAAAGCACUGGCAAGCUCUUUGCUCUGAAAUGCAUCAAGAAGUCUCCUCUCAACAGGGACAGCAGCUUGGAGAAUGAAAUAGCAGUGCUGAAAAAAAUAAAGCACGAAAACAUCGUGACUUUAGAAGAUAUUUAUGAGAGCACAACCCACUUCUACCUGGUCAUGCAGCUGGUGUCUGGGGGAGAGCUGUUUGACAGGAUCUUGGAACGGGGCGUUUACACGGAGAAGGACGCAAGUCUGGUGAUCCACCAGGUGCUGACAGCUGUGAAAUACCUGCACGAGAACGGGAUCGUGCACCGGGACCUGAAGCCCGAGAACCUCCUGUACCUCACCCCCGAGGAGAACUCCAAAAUCAUGAUCACGGAUUUUGGUUUGUCAAAAAUGGAGCAGAACGGGAUCAUGUCCACGGCCUGUGGGACUCCAGGAUACGUGGCCCCCGAAGUGCUGGCCCAGAAGCCCUACAGCAAAGCCGUGGACUGCUGGUCCAUCGGGGUCAUCACCUACAUCCUGCUCUGUGGGUACCCCCCCUUCUAUGAAGAGACUGAAUCCAAGCUCUUUGAAAAGAUUAAGGAAGGCUACUACGAGUUUGAGUCUCCGUUCUGGGACGAUAUCUCAGAGUCAGCCAAGGACUUCAUCCGACAUUUACUGGAGAAGAACCCAAGCGCGAGGUUCACCUGUGAGGAGGCCCUGCAGCACCCGUGGAUUAAUGGAAAUACAGCCCUUCACCGUGACAUCUACCCAUCUGUCAGUGCUCAGAUCCAGAAAAACUUUGCAAAGAGCAAAUGGAGGCAAGCCUUCAACGCCGCGGCCGUCGUGCACCACAUGAAGAAGCUGCACAUGAGCAGCCACGGGGCAGCUGAGGGCUCUGUCCCUGUCCCAGAGAGCUCAGAGACCCCCAGGGCCAGCAGCCCCACAGGGACCCCCCCGCCAGCAGCGCCAAGCGAUGACAAGGACACAGCACAGGGUCCCUCACAGGGGCACCCAAACCCACCCAGACCCACUCAGGACACGGGAAAGGAAAAGCUGCCAAGCCCCCUGGAGGAGAGACCCUUGCCCGAGGACAGCAGUCUGGCCCUUCUGGACACCCACAGCCCCCCAGAGGAGGGACCCCUGCCCAGGGACAGCAGUCUGGCCCUUCUGGACACCCACAGCCCCCCAGAGGAGGGACCCCUGCCCAGGGACAGCAGUCUGGCCCUCCCGGACACCCACAGCCCCCCAGGCAGGAGCUCCUGUGGCUGCAGUCCCUCCUGCAUGGGCCAUGAGAAGACAAAGGCAUCCUCCUGCUCCGAGACAGUGCUGCUCAAAAAGUCUUCAAAGUCCCAUCAUUUCAAGUCAGAGGUUCUUGUUCCAGUGAAAACCAGCAAACACUCAUCUCACUGUGGCACUGGGCAAACUGGAGUUUGUUUGAUCAUGUGA